CGCUCGGGCUUCCGAGCGGCGCUGGGCGAGCCCGAGUCCCUCCGCGCCCCGCGAUCGGGGGGCUCUGCACGGGGUCACUGCGCCAGCCGAGCCGCGCACCCUCCGCGCCUGCCGCCAGCCACGGACAUGGACAUGAAGAAAAGGAUCCACUUAGAGCUGCGGAACAGGACGCCCUCAGAUGUGAAAGAGCUCGUUCUGGACAACUGCAGGUCGUACGAAGGGAAAAUCGAGGGCCUCACGGAUGAGUUUGAGGAGCUGGAAUUCCUCAGCACAAUCAACGUCGGCUUAACCUCAGUUGCAAACUUACCAAAGUUAAACAAACUUAAGAAGCUCGAGCUGAGCGACAACAGAAUCUCAGGAGGCCUGGAAGUGUUGGCAGAGAAGUGUCCGAACCUCACGCACCUAAACCUAAGUGGGAACAAAAUCAAGGAUCUCGGGACAAUAGAACCUCUGAAAAAGUUGGAAAACCUGAAGAGCUUAGACCUGUUCAACUGUGAGGUGACCAACCUGAACGAUUACAGAGAAAACGUCUUCAAGCUGCUGCCACAGCUGACGUACCUGGACGGAUACGACGGGGACGACAAGGAAGCGCCGGAUUCCGACGCCGAGGGAUACGUGGAGGGGCUGGAUGAUGAGGAGGAGGAUGAGGACGUUUUAUCCCUAGUGAAAGACCGGGACGACAAGGAAGCGCCGGACUCCGACGCUGAGGGAUACGUGGAGGGCCUGGAUGACGAGGAGGAGGAUGAGGACGAGGAGGAAUACGACGACGACGCUCAGGUAGUGGAAGAUGAGGAGGAGGAAGAGGAGGAGGAGGAAGGGGAGGAGGAGGAUGUGAGCGGAGAGGAGGAGGAGGAUGAGGAAGGCUACAACGACGGCGAGGUGGACGACGAGGAGGACGAGGAGGAGCCUGAGGAAGAGCAGGGCCAGAAGAGGAAACGAGAGGCUGAGGAUGAGGGGGAUGAGGACGACUGAGCAGCUUUUCCCUGGAAAAAAUUCCCUCUUGUGAUUUGACUGUUUUUAUCCCGGAAUUCCCCCUUUUCCCACUCCCGACCCUUUGGAUUUCCUUUUCUUUUCCUGUUUUUUCUUUUUUUGUUUUGUUUUGUUUUUUUUGUUUUGGGUUUUUUUUUUUUGUUUGUUUGUUUGUUUUUUUGGGUUUUUUUUUUCCGGAUUGUAACGUUGCUGUGGGAACUGAGCGGGAGCAGCGAGGGUGGGAAGGGAAUAAAAUCCUAUUUUUACUGCC